AUGGUGGCCAUUGUGCUGCGGCGGGCUUGGAAACAGAUGUCCUGGUUCUACUAUCAGUGCCUGCUGAUCAAGGCCCUCUGCAUGCUGGAGCCUUGGGAGCACACUGCAUUCAAAUCUGUCUUGGUGUUCAUCACGGGAAUGGAACUGUACACUCGCUAUGUGUUCAUGUCGCAGCACAGCAUGGCAACCUUGCAUUAUUUUGAGAUUGUAUGGUGA